UCUUUCGUUUCUACACAAUAUAUUUAAUAUCUAAUAUACAAUAAAUUUAACCUUACUCACCGUCUAGCCUUGUUUUAGUCAACAAGGCGAGUGACAACUACAAAUAUAUACUAUUAUACUGUUGCGAAAAAUGGCUUCGAACGAGACAUCGCAACCGGUGAAUGAGACGAGGGACGAGCAUGGGAUUUCUCCUGUGGACGAUGCGACGAGAGCAGAUCGCGGGAGCGUCCCCCGAGAAUCAGUGAAUGGGGACGCGACCAUUCAACCACCGUCUGCUACGCGCCAGCAACCGCAACCUCAAUCUCAACCCCCUUAUGGACCGUACCAAUACCCACCGCAGCCGUACUAUACUCAACCUGUUCGCCUUCUCCCACGGUACUCGAAAUCCUGGACAUUUACCAAACUCAUCCUCACGCUCUCCCUCAUCAUCGUCGCCAUUAUAAUCAUAGCCUUAGCAUGCGUCUUCCUCAACAUAGACGGCGAGGCACAAUGGAUCGCCGUGUACGCCUUACCUAUCGCCAUCGCUUCGAUCUUGUGGAACGGCGCAGAACUCAUCACCUUUUUCGUGCGCUCGCACAAGGACGAAAAGCGCGGCAUCCACCCCGGUGCUCACGUAGGCCUGCACUUGUGUCUCUGGAUCGCUUCCGUGUUCGCCGUGCUGCUCUCCGUCACCGAGGUCAUCAUCGUGCAGUCCAACCUAAGGGAAUGCCAAGAGUCGCGGAGCAGGAGGUACUCGUAUUAUAGCUACUGCCGCGAGUACUCUAAGAUCGACAUGAACGGUAGUUACCUCCCGAUGCUGCGCGCAGUGGCCGCCUUCUUCUGCCUCAUGCUGCUCGGCCACUUUAUCCUGUUCGUCUUCGCCUGCAUCGACACGCAUAAGCGCAAUAUGCUGAAGCCCGCCGGUAUGGUCGUUCCUCCUCAGGGCGGCAUGUAUUACUCUCCCCCGCAACCAGGCGUCGCGCCUUACUACCCCCCUAUGGCGCCCCAGCAACAGCCAGCUUUCGCUGGCCAGCCUAACGUACCUAGUGCUGUGGGACAGGAGACAGCGCAGAAUUACCAGAACUUCGCCGGCUUUUAUGCACCAGCGCCACCGCAGCCAACUUACGCCCCGGCGCAGGCUGCAGCAGGCCCGAAUAAUGAGAAGGUUGUGCCCGUUACCUCGGCAUAGGUUGGAUAAAUAUUGUGGCGUAAAAGCGGAUUAGCAAGCAUUGUGAUAGCGAUAUUGUGGUGGGCUAGCUGAAGGCAUUCU